AUCAUAGUCUUGUCCAAGCCGUCGUCCCGAAAUGAAAGCCGCUAUUAUUAUAACCUUGAUUGCUCUGGUGGGCAGCAGUGUUGCCCUCAGUAUCGAACGUGCCGGUCCGCCUGUCCGGGUUAAGCCAGCUGCCGCUCCAUUUGAUGCCAGCAAGUAUGAUCACAUCGUGGCCGAGGUGCGUCCGGCGGGUCAGAAGACCUUGGUGGUCAUCGAGCCCCAUCAUCCCGAUGCAUCCUAUGCUCAGAACGAGCGGCCACAGCAACAGCAGGUUGACAUUCAGAUCAAGCAGAAACAGCCGGAGCAACAGAAGAACCAGCAUGUUGAGCUUGACAUCAAGCAUCAGCAUUCGAACCUGGUGUCAGAUCAUAUGGAUGCCGGGUUCAGUCAUCAGCAGUCGGAGCCCCACCAUCAUGUCCAGCUCGAUAUCAAGAAACAGGAGCAGAGGCCACAGCAUGUUGAAGUUGAGAUCAAGCAGCAGGACCAGAAGCAACAGCAUGUCGAGAUUGAAUUCAAACAGAAUCAGCAGCAGCAGCAGGAUCCCCAACAUUUUAAUGUCGAAAUCAAUCAGCAGCCGAGGCCACAGCACGUAGAGAUCGAGAUCAAGCAGCAGCAGCAGCAGCAGCCGCAGAAUCCCCAACACAUCGAGUUCGAUAUUAAGCACACCCAGUCCAGGCCACAUCACAUGGAACUGGAACUGGUGCAGCCGCACAAGGAGCAAGCCGAAUCGCAGCAUGUGCAAUUGAUGCUUUAAGCGCUGGGCAGAAUGCCAUAAAUUAUAUAUACCCAAACAUAUA